UUCAGAGUAGGACAAGUGCUGGGGAAAGGAUCCUUUGGAGUUGUCAGGAUUGCCCAACACAACAAGACAGGGUUCUUGUAUGCUCUCAAAAUCCUGAAGAAGGUGGAAGUGCUUGGUUCGCGUCAGGUUGAACACAUUCUUGACGAGAAACGAAUCAUGGAGAUUACGAAUGGACAUCAAGCAAUCAUCACUUUGUACGGAACUUUCCAGGAUGAACGAAAUCUGUACAUGGUGUUGGAACUUGCGCAGGGUGGAGAAAUGUUCAAAUUGCUAAGAAGGCUGGAAAGGUUUGAGGUGGAUACUGCCAAGUUUUACUGCGCGCAAGUCAUUCUUGGUCUUCAUCAUCUUCAUUCGAUGAACAUCGUCUACCGAGAUCUCAAGCCUGAAAAUCUUAUGUUGGACUCUCGAGGAUACGUCAAGAUUGUUGAUUUUGGUUUUGCGAAGAUUGUUGAGGAUCGAACUUGGACUCUGUGCGGGACUCCAGAGUAUGUUGCUCCAGAGAUUAUCAGAUGUGAGGGGUAUGGAGCUGCCGUGGAUUGGUGG